AUGAUGGGCGAUCGACCGGUGGAUGUGACGACCUACUACGAAACAACGCAUAUUCGGCCGAACUGCACACCGGACGGGCUAAGGCCGUUGUUCUGCUCCGAUAAUGGCACUUGUGAUCCGUAUUACGACAGAGUGAAAAAUGUAAAAGUAUGGCGAGGCAGCAACUUGCCAGCAAUUCGACUGGAGCGUGCCAUCAAGGGAUUCAGUAGCGGUGCGUUUUUCGACAACCUCUGGCCAAAACACACUCGAGCUGGCGAUAUGUUGUCAAAGGAUCCUAAGGACAAGAGCGAUCGGACACGAUCUAGCGGCUAUUAUGUGUUUGCUGAUUCCACCACAUCGUUCAUGAUUCUGAUUGGAGUGUUUCCCGUCCGCUACCGGUGA